GCAAUUCCCGACUAGCAUCAUCACUUAUCACUCUGGCUGCGGACAUUCGGGUCGAAUAUUCGACGGCAUGGUAGAGCUGACCGGUCAAAUGUAACAUUGAUUCUUUAUUUUCGAUAUCUUCAGUCAGCCCAUCUCGACAACGGACAUAUCUUUACUACGGCCAUGCAGCCAAAACCUCGACCGAUCCAGCGGUUUGCCCAGGCAGUCUCGAAAUGCUCUGCCGAGGCUGCUGUGUACGGGCAAUGCAUCGUCGCGGAUUAUAACUCUGUGCAUAAAGACAAAUGCGCCAAAGAGUUUAUGAAGCUAAAGGAUUGCUACUUGCAGGCCAUGUCGAAGGGGGGAAGGUGAAAUCAGAUAGCUCUUAAUCGAAAUACAGGU